UGUCCCCCAAGAGCUGCCACAGCCAGUGGGGACAUGCAGGUGAGAUGUGUCACUUGCUGUUUGUGUCCCCUGCAGGUUGUCUGGAGCAUGCUGGGGAACAGGCAGUUCUGCUCCUACAAGAUGACCACCAAAACACAGAAUUUCUGCAGGAACGAGUACAACCUGACAGGGCUGUGCAACCGCUCCUCCUGCCCGCUGGCCAACAGCCAGUACGCCACGGUCCGGGAGGAGAAAGGUGGGAGCAGGGAAAGGGAGCAGGGAUUCCUCACCAAAUGUCCCUUUUGUGUCCUGCUCUGUCACCCAGCCCUUCCCCUGUCCCUGCAGGUGCUGCUGAGCAAGAACUACGAGAAGGCUCUGGAGGAGAUCGACGAGAACCUCAUCUACUGGCCCCGCUUCAUCCGGCACAAGUGCAAGCAGAGAUUCACCAAGAUCACGCAGUACCUGAUCCGCAUCCGCAAGCUGACCCUCAAGAGACAGUAAGGGACACAGGGGUGACCAUGGCAGUGACCUCUGGUGG